GAAGUUAUCCGUACACACGCAUUAUGUGUGUAUAUAUAAACCAUUUUAUGUCUUGCAUCUUCUGAUCAACUGUCACGAAUAGUUAACUAACUUCAAAAGAAACCACAUUCAAAUACCCUUUUGUUUUAUGCUCUUAGCCAAUAUGUGUCUCCUAACACCCAACGACUUGGAACGGAUAUUUGAGAAGCUGGACAUGAAUGGUGAUGGGUUAUUAAGCCUUGAAGAGCUGAAUCACCUGCUAGAGAAGACGGGGUUCAAAUUCAGCUUAGAGGAGCUUGAGUCUCUUGUGAGAAAGAAGAGCCUCAACCUCAGUGAGUUCUUGUUCUUUUAUGACACCAUGUUGAAAAGGGAUGAUGGUGAUGAUGACAAGAUUGAUGAUGAUGAGGUGGAGAGUGACCUUGUGAAGGCUUUCAAUGUGUUUGAUUUGGAUGGUGAUGGGUUCAUCACAAGUCAAGAUCUGGAGUGUGUCUUGAAGAGGCUUGGCAUGUGGAGUGGCAAGGAUUGCACAACCAUGAUUUGCUCCUAUGAUACUAAUUUGGAUGGUAGGCUUGAUUUCCAAGAAUUCAAGAACAUGAUGAUGCUUACCACUUCAUGAUUCGUGUCAUUUUGCACACGAGUUUGUGUACAAAAUGAUCAUAAUUUUGCAGGUAUUGGUCAGCUUGGACCAGGCCUUUCAUUUUGUGAGUGUAUAUUGAUGUGUUACUGACAAUCAACCCCUGAUAUGUAUAUACAUGAUCAACAUCUUCUCUCCUUAAAUGUUGUCUCAAUUUUAAGUCACACAGCAAAAAGUUUGCUUAUGUGACAUCCAAGAGUGUGUUUAAGUGAA